GUAUAUCGGUCGGGAGAUUCGAUCGAAGGAAAUGUGAUCCUCAUACCCAAACAAAGUAUGAAACCAGACAGCAUACUCGUAUCAUUACUAGGUCGGUCCACCGUUUUCGCCAGUGUUACAAUCAACACGACAUGCGGUUCUUCAACGCGAAUCUGGAUUGACAAGGCUCCCAUAUUGGAGUUGACCAAAGAGUCCUUGGCGGGGUCAAAGGGAGAAUCUCUCGAGCCCGGGGAAUCCUACAGUUUCCCUUUCACCUUCUGUAUCCCUGUCAGUACUUCUGCUAUCCGUGACAGUUACAGGAAAUCAGACGAUCAGCGCUGGACCACGGAACCUCAUGUCUUGCCACCGACGUUCUGGGAGUCGAUGUCCGCUUCGAGUGGGGGCAAUUUCGCAAGAAUUGACUAUGGC